UCAAUGUCUUUUCCUCUUUGGACAGGUCCCUGUGCCUAAAGGCAGAAAAUGUCCAAUAGCACCUCCCUCACUGACUUCCUCAUCCUGGGCUUUGCAGACACGUGGGAGCUUCAGCUCUUGCACUUCCUGCUGUUCCUGGGCAUCUACCUGGCUGCCCUCCUGGGAAAUGGCCUCAUUAUCACAGUCAUAGCCUGUGACCACCACCUCUACACCCCCAUGUACUUCUUCCUCCUCAAUCUCUCUGUCUUGGACCUUGGCUUCAUCUCCACCACUGUCCCCAAAUCCAUGGCCAAUUCUCUCUGGAACACCAGGGCCAUUUCCUACUCAGGAUGUGCUGCCCAGAUAUUUUUGUUUUUCUUCUUGAUUUCAGCUGAGUUUUCUCUCCUUACAGUCAUGGCAUAUGACCGCUUUGUUGCCAUCUGCCAACCCCUGCACUACAGGACCCUCAUGGGCAGCAGAGCUUGUGCCAAAAUGGCAGCAGCUGCCUGGGGCAGUGGUUUUCUCAAUGCUGUGCUGCACACUGCUAAUACAUUUUCAAUACCACUCUGCCAAGGCAACACAGUGGACCAGUUUUUUUGUGAAGUUCCCAAGCUCCUCAAGCUCUCCUGCUCCAACACCUACCUCAGGGAAGUUGGGGUUCUUGUGUUUAGUAUCUGUUUAUUCUUUGGGUGUUUCAUUUUCAUUGUGCUGUCCUACGUGCAGAUCUUUGCAUCUGUCCUGAGGAUCCCCUCUAAGCAGGGACGGCACAAAGCCUUUUCCAUGUGCCUCCCUCACCUGGCCAUCGUCUCUUUGUUUGUCAGCACUGGCACAUUUGCCUAUGUCAAGCCCCCCUCCAUCUCCUCCCCAGCUGCAGAUCUGGGGGUGGCUGUUCUGUAUUCAGUGGUACCUCCAGCAGUGAAUCCUCUCAUCUACAGCAUGAGGAACAGGGAGCUCAAAGAUGCAUUGAAGAAACUGAUUCAAGGGGUACUAGUUCAGCAGCAAUAA